UAGCUCUGAAUACUAAUGUCACACUACGCAUCAGUCACUGCCACGCUUGCUGCCAUGCAGCAACUCAUGCUUACAGUACUUCUCACUGAACACAGAAUAGUAGUUGUGAAGAUGUUUAGUGUAAUGGCGGAACAAUCGCCUGACGCUACUCGAGAUAUUGCUCAGGACUUCUUGACUACAGGACGAGCUGGACGGCGAAAUGCUUUGCCAGAUAUCCUUGGGGAACAUGCACUUGUGUCCACCUCAGAUCUCCCAGACAGACUUCAGGGCUUGUCUACCCGAGAUGAGCCAGAACCUUCUAAUGUGAAUCAACUUCCCCAGCAGGAUAGCAAACCCUCGACAAGUGUAAAUAAGAACCAGAAGAAAAGUUGAAAAUGCUUUUUACAGAUUUGUUUGACUGAUGACUGCCAAGUUGUGAUGUUUGUUUAUGUAAGAUCGGCCUUUUAGUAUUUAUUUAGAUUUUUCUGUGUAUAGGUGAAUCCAUAUCCUGUGUUUUUUUUACUGAUGUAGAUUAUGUGCCUUUAGUAGCAUUUAUUUUUAUUUCAAAAAUUUUGCUUUAUCACUUCAAUAAAGAGUCAUAUUGUUGCCAAUUAAUAAUUUUAUGGUUUUAGUUUGAUUGUACUUUAUUAUAUAUUAAAAUUGAGUAUUUCCUUUUUUAUAAGCCUGAUAAAAAGAAACCCACACAAAAGUGGCCUAGAAAACUGGCCUAAGGGUAUUGUUGUUUGAAGUAAUUUGUAGAGAUAAAAAUGCAUGAAGAUGCUUUUCAUUGUUUAAAAAAAUGUUUAUUACUUAAGAUAGAUAAUAUAAAAAGAUUGUUGUGGGCAUUUGCCAUCAUUGUUUGACAAAAAAUUGAAAUCUGAUGUUUUGAGAUGUGUAAUAUAUAUGUGUUAUCUUAAAAUGGGAAAUAGAAAUUUAAUAUUAUAACUACGAAUUUUGUAAAAAUAAAAUAAAAUAAUAGUAAAUACACAAAAUUAAAUGCUACAAUAAACAAGUUGUACAUCGAAUCAAUCACUAAAUCUUGUUAGAUUUGUUUAAUGUAAAAAGAAUCACAGUCUGAAGAAAAUACAGGACUUGUGAGCAGAAUUUGGCAUAUUUUAUUAUUUUUACUUAUUUGUUUAUUGUCAGAUCAUUUUAUGUGUCUAGUUGUGUUUUAUAGAUUUAGACCAGUUCACAAAACAUCAUAUUUAAUUUUUUUACUUGUGGUUACAAGAAGAAAAGCAUGAGUGUAAAAAUGUAUAAAUAAGUAUGUAACUACUUUCAUUUAAAACUAACAUUGUAUUCUCAUUAAAAAUUAAAAAAAACUUGAUAUUAUUACAAAUUCUGUGAUAUUUUGAAGUAAGUGAAUACCUGCACAUGUAUAGAAAAAUGCUAUUAUUUCCAGUCAAAUUGCUUAAGUUAUUUUUAGAUAUUGUAUGACCAACUUUGUUAAUGUAUGACUAGGAUAUAUAUGUUUAGGUUUUAUGUUAUUUUAAUUUAUGUCUACAUGUUUAGUAUAUAUUAAUAACACUUUCACCUGAGCUGGGCAUGAGAAAUUAACAUUGUUUUGCUUGGGAAGGAAAAUAUGCUUCUACACUGUGAAUAGUAGAGAUAAUAAAGACAAAAAACAAUAUUUUUAACCAAUAAACAAUAUUAGAUGAAUAAUUUAUUAAAUAUAACAACAAGAUGGAUUAAAACACCAUAUUUAAUUUUAUCAGUAGCCUAAUUUAAUAAAAAAUAUAGUUAUUCAUUUCUAUUCUAAAUAGAAGUAUCAAAAAGUAUUAUUUUAUAUAAUUUGAAUAUUGAACAAGUUUAUUAGAUACCAUUAAUCACUUCAAUUUGAAUUUUUUGCGAUUAGUCAAGAUGGAAAAUUUGUAUUGAAUAUCUAGAAGGUUUGAACAAUGUAACUGUUGCUUUUGUCUGAUAAUCAGACUAUGAGUGGUCUAAGUGCCAACUAGCUCAAACUUGAGGAUGUGAGAUGUUUUGUUUGUCCUAGGAAAAUGAACCAAAAUGUCUUUAAAAGUUAAUACAAUAAUUUAGUUGUUCAUUUUGUUAUCCUACACUGCUUCAAACCUUUUAAUGUAAUCUUACAUGUACUACAUUAAUUAAAAAAAUUUAUUAUUAUAUUGAAUAUUAUCAAUUGACUAAAAUGUUGAACUUCUAGUGGAUUUCGGCACCCAUUAUCAUAAAUGUUUUUAUAAAUUUGGUACUAUCAAAACGAAAAAGGUGGAGAUUAAUCUUAAACCUUUUUAUUAUAUUUCAAUAAGAAAAGGUCAUAAAAUAAAAGUAUAUUUACUCAUUGCUUGAAUAGAUUCUAUUAAUUUUUUAUUUCUAGACUUUUAUGAGAUAACUAAGAAAGGACCUGUCAGCUUGUUAUAUAAGAUUUGUUUGUUUUAUAUGUUACAACUUAACUAAUACUCAUUAUCAGACCAGAAGCUAGCAGCGGCAGAAAUGUAAGUGGAGGAAUUAAACUGGAAUGGAAGAAACAAAACUCUAAUAAUAGGUAAAUUUCCAUGUAAAAACGGUUACCAUUAUUAAAACAAAGCUUGGAAAAUGCUGAUUAGUUAAAAUUAUGAGUUUCAAAAUUCAGCAUAUCAACAAAAAUGUUAUUAAAUAGUAUUAUUAAGACUGCUUCACAGAAGUAAUGAAGAAAGUUCAUAAUCAAAACAGGUUCUCUACUCAUUGUACUCUCUAAGUUCAAGGAUAUUCUCAGAAUCUUUAUCCUUCUCUUCGUCAUAAUAACAAGGGGCACUGAUGGUUACCAUUGAACCCUGUUAACACACUGAGUCAAAACACACAACACUACAAAAUUUAAAUAAUCUUGUUCACAUGAAACUAUUACCUAAACAUGACAUGUCAAAAAGUUAUUUGACAAGUCAGAUGUAGGCUAUUUGGCUCAAUAUAAUUUAUUUUAAGAUGCUAAUAUGCAUAGGCAGACAGUUGAGUUCCGCUGGGAUGGUUUUGGAGAUUUCAAGUUACAAUCGUUGUAAUGAUUGUCUAACUUACUGUCGCUACAAUUUCUACACAUUUAUUUUGGUCUCUCAGGACUUCACGCUCGACAUCACCAUUCACAUAAUUAAGCACCAAGAUAUCACUAAUUUCACAACAAUUAAUCUCACUGUUGUUAGGGAAAGACCACAUUCUGAAAUCCACCAAUGCAUAACAAAUUUAAUGGAUUAUACUUGGCUAAGGAUAUAAAAUAAUAAUCUCAAGAUAAUAGAUAAUCUGUAGUAGUUCAAGAUGUUGCUGAUAGAGGACUAAUUAGUAUUAUCGGUGUGAGCUAAAGUCAAUAGAGCAUUCCAAUAUGCGCCAUUUAAUCUACAGUGGCAUAAAACUUCACAAAUUGUUCCAAGCUUUAUGAUCAGAAGUUUGCAUUCAAACUCAUGUUUAUUUUCAUACAACUUUGUAUUUCGUUAUGUAAUAUAAAACAUUAGUAAUUUCAAGAGUCCAGAAAAACUGGGAAAUGUAAGAUAAUAAUAUAAAAUUAAUCAAGCAUACGAUAAAUUGUGGGAUCAGUUUAUUAUUAUAAAGUGUAUUUAAGCUGACAAAAACUUACAAAUUUGAAUUGUUUUCAUUGCUUAUUUUGGAAUCUCAUUGAUUGUUUGCAAUUGUUUGGUUGUGCUGAUUAAAUCAUUUUCAAUUAAUCUAUUCCAAUUUUAAAACAAGGCCUGGAUUGUCUAUGACAUCUUCAAAAUUAACAUAAUUUCAUUUCUAUUACACUUAUACAAUACUGAUAUCUGUUCUGAAAUAGUUUGCAGAGUUAAGUAAAGCUAUAUUGUAUGUGUCUACCUUAAUUAAGGAGAUAUUGUUAAUUAAGGUUGUAAUUAUUUUUAUAAAAUGUGUUUAUUGCAUUUUGAAGAACUGUACACAAUUACACGUGGCCAAUAACGAUUUUUAUCGUGUUUCAGAUAUAGAAAAUUAGAAUAGUUGUAAUUUGUCGUACUAUAGUCAUAGGCUCAAUAUAACAGCAGAUAGACUCAGUUUUUUAGAGCUUUUAAAUUGUGUCUGUUUUACAUAUACAUCAGUUGAAAACUUUUUAAAAUUCAACAAAAAUAUUAGGAGGAGAGUAUUAAAAAUAUGAUCAUCUAUAAUUUAUAGUAAUUGAAUUUAAUAUUUCAGUGAACCAAUUUAAAUUACUGUCAUUUCAGUAAAAAAAACUCACUCCGCAGUUUUUAAAAAUAUCAGAAGAGUGACUCAAGAUAAUCCCCAUGAGUAGCUUGGUCCCUAAAAUUGACCAAUUUAUAAUAUUUUGUCUCUGCAGACACAGUACUAUAGUAUUACAUUGGAUCUUCAGGUGUGCCCAAAUAAUGUACUGUGAUAGACGUUUACUUACGUCUGAUAAAGUCAUUUAGAUUAAAUUUUAUUAUGUUGGAAUUUUUUUACUGAACAAAAUGUAGUAGUACCUGGGAGAUUUUUGAUGGAUGGUUUAUGUAGUUCAACCAUAGCUCUGUUGUGUUGUAGAUUAGUUUUUGUGUCUCAAUUUAUCAUUGUCAUUGUCACACAGUUGAGCCUGAAAAAUUGUACAAAUUAAAUGUUCUUUGUUUAAAGUUUGUUUUUAUUUAAAUUGAAAUUUUUGGUUUUUUAGCCAACAUAAUAAGUCAAAGCACAUAAUAUUAAUUGUGAAUUGUUGAUUCAGAUUAGUGUAGGUAAUAGGAUAUGUCCUGAUUGUAGAUUGUCCCUUUGGGAACAAUUGGUGGAUGCCAAAAAUGGAUCAGAUGAGUACGGAGUCCAAGCAGAGACGAAGGUGAGAUUCAAGAUGGCCUUAAGGAGUACUUUGUUGUGUGCAUCAAAAUUUAAUAUUUAAAGUCCAUGGAAUAAAAUUCAUAUAAAUUGUCUGUUUUGUGAUUUUUUUUUAGUAAAUUGGUAGAAAAUGGCUGAUUUUCUGUAGACCCUGUAAUUAACCACAACAUGCUCUAUUGCUACUAAGUAUUUAAAAAGUAAAAAUAAAUUAUAGUAUCACCUUAAUAAAUCAAUUAAAAUUGAAUGUUUUUAUAAAACAAUAUUUUUAUUGUAACUAACAACAAUUUUAGAAUGUAUUCAAAAUUGAAACUAAGAUCAUCGCUCAGGCCAGUGCUUCAUGGAAACGGGCAGAAUAAGGCUUAAACGGGAAUCGGCCUCACCUUAUUUUUAAAAAAGAAAGAAAAGGUUCUCUCAGGUACUCAAUUUUGUAUAGAUACUGUAUAAUCUUAAAUCUAUAAAACCUUCCUUACAUAUUGCAAGUUAGAACCUUUUCAAGAUGAGUCCCAGAUAUAUACAAAAAAUUACAUGUAACAUUUGAGUUUAUAAUAAUAGAAGAAUAUUUUACAGGCUUACUGUAAAUGAGUGUCAUAAUAUUGACAUUUACAUAAUCUCAUCAAAGUGUUCCAACAAUUUUAAUGUCUUGGCUUUGUUUUCUUUUGCUGAUGUCUUGUGAAUUGUCUAAACUUGUUCCGUACUUGAGAAACAUUCUUAUAUCUGCUCUUUAUUUAUACUGAACAAGUUGUUGGUGUUAGACUAACCAGAGACCAAGGGUUCCAACUGUGCACCAGACAUCUCUGUAGCCCGAAACAAAAUUAAAGCCAAAGAAAUAUAUCACCAUUCCAAAAUUAAUAUGUAAGUUUAGGGGACACUUAUGCAUAUAUGCAUUUUUAACCUAUUCUAUUGAAACCAAACAAUACAUAUGGAACAGUCUGUGGAGAGAAAACAGAUGUUGCAUUUACAUUUGUAUUGUUGGACUAAUUAUAACCCUUUGCACUCAAGGCCUGCAGUACUAGUCACACUAAGGUUGCAGAAAGCUUGUGUUGGUUUUGACGUAAUUUGUCCUCGCAACUCAUAUGGCUACUUUCAUUGACAGCUCGGCGGCCAUAUUUGUUGUUUUGCCUCCUCAGAUCGGAAUUAUUUUUCAAUUUCCUCCACAUUAUUUGCGUAGUAAUUUAAAAAUUUAAAGAAGAAAUAAAAAAAUUAUUAUAAAUUAAUAUUUUUAAUACAAAGAUAUAGAUACAUUUGGGACAUUUAACGCUUUAUAUGUAUAUUGUUAACAAAGAUAGGUAAUAACAUGUUAUAAAGUAGGCUUUUACAGCUAAGUUAUACUCAGGCAUGAACUAUUUUACAUAUUUCUCAGUCUUUAAAUUUUCUAUGGAAUAAAACUUUUAAAAAUACAUACCUAUGUGUAGUCAAGAAUAGUUAGCACACAUCUUCUAGUAAAAUGUUCUAGGUUUCUGUCACUUCAGUGUAUGGGCCCACUACACGUCAUUCGUCUUAUUUGCACAGUCAAUGUUUAGUCAAUUUUCUGCUUUACUUAAAAAUUACUUUUAGAUAAAACUGAUCGAUAGGUUUCAGCACUCAUUAUUGAUUGUAAAACAAUGAGAAUAUUAGAAAAUAACUACUAUGUUUAGUGGCCAGUGGUGCUGUUCUGGGACGUAUUGUAUCAUGGUCAGUAGAACUGACCAUAUGAGCUCCAAGGACAAAUUAUAAAUACUACUUUCAAGUGCAUAGUGUUAAUAUAAUUGUAGCGAAUUCGGUAAUUAAAAUAAAUUAUAAUACUCUGGGCUUAGGACUCAGACUAUCAUUCAUUCUAUACAAAAAGUUUAAGUUGUUUUUCUAAUAAAACUAUAAUGUCAUCGUAAAAAACACAAAAGAACCGACAAAUGUCUGUUAACUGCAAUGACAGUUGUAUAGUUUAAACUGGUUGUCAUAGCAAUAAAAUAUUAAUAUUAUUAACAGCUGUGUAUUAAACUGCAGUUUUAAUGUCUUUUAUAUCAGACAAAUUGUUAAAAUUAAUAUUGUUAUGUUCAUGAUGUAUAUGCAAUGCAGAAAACAAUAGCAAGUGCAGAAGUUAGUUGUAAGUACAGUUUUUAUAGAUGAAGUAUUUUGGAUCUUAUUUAUAUUAUGAUGGUGUUUAUAUAGUCAAUUUAUUUGUCAUACUUUUUAAUAGAGCAUAUUGCCAAUAUUACAAUAUUAUAGUGUCAUAAACUCAACUCAGUUAGUGAAGUCUGAAGGCAUUUUAUUAGUCCUCAUAAGGAUUUAGGAUAUUUUUGUUAAAGUCUCAAAUUAUUUACUUGUAAGUAAAUUUUUGCUUGUUCAUUUUGUUGUAGUGUAUAAAAUGUUGAAUAUUGUAAGAUUAUUUAUUUUUGGGAUUUAUCGUUUCUUUUAAAUGUAAAGUUAUUAAUAGGAAUUAACAGAAUCCAUUGAAUAAUUAUAUGAUUUAAUUAAAACCAAGCAAUGUUUUCUUCACCACACUAAAUUGCUUGAAGUCACGAUUUCUUAUUAGUCCUAAAUAUUACUUUGUUGUCACUUGAGUCAAAACAUUUUGUGAAACAUGUCUAGUUACAUUUUAGCCUUAUUAUUUCCAUGUAGGCCUAUAAAUGUAAAGUUUGGUGGUGCGUUUGGAUGAUUUGAUUGUAUUAAAACAAAACUCUGGUCACUAA